AUGUUAAUGCUGCAAACAGAGCUGCUGAGGAAACCAGAUCACCUCUCAAGGCAGCCACAAAGGACAAGUUAUGAAAACCUGACAGAGAAGUUGAGAGGAAGCAGGGGAACCUGUGUGUCUGAAGGCAGAAGAUUGAUGGCGGAGCGGUGGGAUGAUAGAGAGAGGAGGAGGUGGGGGAGGAAGAGGAGGAGGAGCAGGAGCAGGAGUAGCGGUGCUCCUCUACGGCGGGAUGCGAAGGAGGAGGAGGAGGAGGAGGAGGAGUCUGUCCCAGCCUCCUGCUGCAUCAAGCCCGCUCCCCUCUCUGUCACCCCGGGCCAAACCCGCCCAGCUCCUCUCUCCGCCUGUUUUCCCGCACUGCUCGCCCCGGACACACACUGCACUCUCUCACUCUCUCUCACACACACAUACACACACACGGAGCGAGGAGACGACAUGGAGACGGAAGGGAGCCAGAGCAGCCUGUCCACCACGGACUCCCCUCACGACCCCUGUAAAAUGUUCAUAGGGGGACUGAGCUGGCAAACAACACAAGAGGGUCUGAAGGAGUACUUCUGCAAGUACGGCGAGGUGAAGGAGUGUAUGGUGAUGCGAGAUCCGGUUACCAAGCGCUCGAGAGGGUUCGGAUUCGUCACCUUUGUUGAUCAGGCCGGCGUGGAUAAAGUUUUGGCCCAGACCAGGCACGAGUUGGACUCCAAAACAAUCGAUCCCAAGGUUGCGUUCCCUCGCAGAGCCCAGCCCAAGCUGGUGACUCGAACCAAGAAGAUCUUUGUGGGAGGCCUGUCUGUGAACACGACUAUCGAGGACGUCAAGCAGUACUUCGACCAGUUCGGGAAGGUGGACGAUGCUAUGCUCAUGUUCGACAAGACCACCAACAGACACAGAGGAUUCGGCUUCGUGACGUUUGAGAACGAGGAUGUGGUGGAGAAAGUCUGCGAGAUCCACUUCCACGAGAUCAACAACAAAAUGGUGGAGUGUAAGAAAGCUCAGCCCAAGGAGGUGAUGUCCCCCACGGGCUCGGCCAGGGGCCGCUCUAGGGUGAUGCCCUAUGGGAUGGACGCCUUCAUGCUGGGCAUUGGUAUGCUGGGUUAUCCUGGCUUCCAGACGGCCACCUACACCAGCCGGAGCUACGCUGGCAUCACUCCUGGAUACACCUACCAGUUCCCUGAGUUCCACUUAGAGAGGACUCCCCUUCUGACUUCACCUCAUCCCCCUGAGCUCACAGCCAUUCCUCUCACAGCAUAUGGACCAAUGGCAGCAGCAGCGGCGGCAGCAGCAGUCGUCAGAGGCUCUAACCCGUCUCGCUCAGCUGGAUUUUUAAGUACGAGCAGCCCUGGGCCGAUGGCAGACCUGUAUGGAACCGCCGGUCAGGAGUCGGCAGUGAGCAGUUACCUCAGCGCUGCCAGCCCCGCCCCGAGCACUGGAUUCAGCCAUAGUUUGGGGGGCCCUUUGAUCGCCACAGCCUUCACUAACGGAUAUCACUGAGAGCCUAGAGCUGUAGACUGAGAGCUGAAAGGAGUUUAAGCUGUUUCGGAGCUGAUUGGCCUGUCUCUGUCUGGUCCACCUCUUCGGCUGGGGCGGCUCGAUUUUUGACAAACCACCCCCGAACCCUCCAGCCGACCCUACUGACGCUUCACUUAACUCCAACCCCAACGAAACAAAAAAAGAGAAGUUCAUAAAUGGAGCAUUUAUCACUAUUUGUAAUAGCGACACAUGCAGAUGCUGAAUUUUUAGAGUUUUUUCUGUUGUUAUGUUUUACCUUGUUGUUGUUGUUUUUUUUUUUUGAUGGCUGUAUUUCUUUAUCUGUUUUGGCUGUAUUUGAUUGGGUUAUUUGAACUUUGACCUCUGAGAUAAGAGGAGUUCAAGCUCCGGGUGAAGCCCAUUUUAAGGUCAAGAGCUGUAAUUUGUACUGAGAAAAAAAAACUGUAUAUUUGUCUAGUUGUCUAUACUAGUUCAUACUGAAUUUUGACUAAACAUUUGUGAUUAAUACUAUUUCUUGACAAUGUGUCACAAAGUGUAUAUCUUGGUAGGUUUCUAACAAAGACUUGUUCUACUAAUAAUGGUCACACAAAGGUCAUUAGUCCCAGUUGCAUAAUAUGCCAACAUGAGCUGUACAAUUUUGUAAAAUAUUGUAAAUAUGACUGGUUUUCGGGGGGGCUCAGAGGGCGGAGGGUGGGGGUUCAGCUAAUUGUGUGUGUGGGAGGCUUUGGAGAAAUGUGUUGGAAAGCUUGACUGUUACGUAUCAUACUUUCACAUGGGGGUCGGGAACAUUUCAGUUUGCCUGUCACCAGAAGACCAGCCGUUCAGUGUGUCUCUCUCCAUGCUUCUAUGGAAGAUGUUUCACAAGAGUGUGUUAGUGCUGCGUAAGAGUUCAAACCCUCUACGUGCAGCGGAAGAGAGACGCUGAGUCUGGUACAACAGUCCUCAAUCAGGAGAGUUAACAAGAAAAAAAAACAUGCUAUUUUCUUACUUUGUCAUGCUGUUGUUUUAACUGUGAUUUUUCAAUAUACAAUGUUUGCUUGUGAAGGAAAAUGAAGGACGAGUGUGCGGGAGCAGUGGUACGCAGUUAGCAUGUUUACGGCUGAUUGAUUGCGUGAUCAUGUCAUGUGGUUUUGUACACAUUGGGUUCCAAUGUGCUAUGUGCUGUUUUUCUUGGGGGGGAGGGUUGGUACCUCAGUUGCAAAUGUGAAAUUUUAAUCAGACUUUUUUUUAUUGUUGCAUUAACAUCUGUUUCAAAGUGUGGAUGGUUAAACCGUUUAGAAAGGUGGCUUCUCUAACAGGAAAGGAGAGGAGGGUCAUUUUAACUCUCACCUGUAUCUUCACAUGUCACCCACCACAUCCUAACCAUCACUGCAUAUCCACUGGAGGUCACAGACUGUAGCAAUGUGACUACUAUUUUUAGACCAAAACAAUCAUGUUCAGAGCUACUAGUAUGUUGCACUGGCCGAUCACAAUAAAUGUGUUUCUUUCUUUGAAUAGUAGCUUAAGAACAAAGCACUCUUGAAUGUGCAAGACACAGGUUUUACAUUUCGAUACGCUCACUCACACUGCUACAGGUCACCAUGGUAGUUCAUUCAUUCUUUGAUGCUGUUUUCACUGAAAAAUAACAAUCUUGUCAACACUGUAACUUUUUUCUGAUUUUCUUUUUCCUGUCAUGUUUAUUCCUUUGGAAAAAAAAAACUUUUUAAAAUUCCUAAUAAAUUAUUUAAAAACAUUCCA